AUGAGGCCUGCACCACGUCCACUCCCCCUAAAUUGCCAGUAUCAGUCAUCGGCAACACGCCAUCGUCCCCUACUCCCCUCCCCUCAGCGUCACAACCAACAUCUCCGGGAACGCCAGACGUCCCGUCGAAAGCGCCUCUCAAGGCUUUCCCUCUCUACGUUCUCUGUCGCGUCCGUCUUUACACGUCCUGCGAUGCCUUCCAAGUUCAACAUCGCCCGUGCUAGUAUUUAUGGCGUCAUUCUGCUCUGGACGGUGAUCUGCCUGGCUAUUGCAGCACACUUCCAGAGUCUGCUUGUCAUCAAUGAUCUCACUCGUUUCGUGCCCUUUGCCAUUUUCGUCUGCAGCGCGAGCAUGUUGGUUUUACUCACCCUCCUUGGAUGCAGUGUGCUGCGUACAGGCAACCCUAUAUCUACCCGCAUCGAACUCGGAUGUCUCGGGUUACUGGGCACUUUUUGGCUUGCCCUUGGUGCAUAUCUGGCAAGUUCUGAUUCCGAAAAUGCCAACGUAGAAUGCUUCUCGUCCGCAGACGAAACAACGCUCGUUGAUCGCGUUCACUUCAUUUUCCCGCGCUCAUCUCCAACAGUCUCUACGGAUACUUAUCAAGCCCAGUACCGUGUGCUCGAGGCGUUUUCGUUAUUUAACGUGAUUCUUGUAUGGGGGUUCCUUCUCUUCCUGCUCACUAUGGCCGUGAAACACCAUUACCGAGUGAACCGAAACGUGUGGUUCAUCUCCGUUACAUCAUAUCCAUGGUUCGGAUCCAACGCGAAAUCAGCAACACUUCCCGCCCCAGUGGUCAGUCGUUCCCGAUCAAGAGGCAGAGCCUUCGAGAAGGAAGACCCUGAAUUGUGGCGGAAGGGCUCUGGAUCAUCGCGCCGUGGUGAUUCACGCUAUCCAGAGUACAAAGCCCCACCCCGUGCUUAUACUGUUGACAAGUAUAUGAGGAAUGCUUCGCCCAGGAGGUGA